AUGUCAGAUACUCGAUCAAAAAUCGAUGAUUAUGGUGAAAUUGUUGAGGUCAAGGCUGAGAAUAUCAAAGUUAAAGCUGAGAAUAUAAAAUUAAGACAAGUCUUGGAAGAACAUGAAGUUAGGUUCACUAAUUUAGAGCAGAGAGAUAAAGAAAAGACCAACCUUAUUGCUAAACUAGAUGAUGAUAUUAAGAAAAUCAAACAAUCUUCGACCAAUACUAGUAUUUCUCCUGAAAUGAAAUCUGACAAUACUCACGAGCAGACAGCAUCACGAAAGACAGGUCUUCAUUUAUUCAGAAAUAGUGAAGAUUUUCUCACACCUGAUACAUCUGAUAACGUAUCUAAUUCUGAUAUAUAUCAGGAGUUAAAGACUCGAUCUUUAGCCAGCUCACGUCAAUCAUCUAUCCAUACAGAAACUAAAUCACUAGAGGACAAGAAGGUUGAUGAAUUCCUGAAUUCAACAUACAAAGAAAAGGUUAGUAAAGAGAUAAUUCAGUGUAUUAGAGAAAAGAAACUUCAGGAUCAAGAAUUAUCCUCUAUAUUAGUUGAAGAACCAUGUGAAAAAGUGAGACUGAAAGUUUCACUUGAGCAAAACAGCAAGUCAAUGCUGAUACAACCUGAAGAAACAAAAGUUUCACAUGAUUAUAUAGUCAUCCAAGAUUUCAUUCAAGAAGUGUCUUCAGGAUUCACAGAUGAGGAGAUCAUUGAAGUCAUCAAUGUACUCACCACCAAUAUGACAAUAAAAGUUAAGCUAGCUCAUUUGUUUCUAAAAUAUGAAUUAUAUUUCAAAGUUUAUACAACCUCAAAUUCAAAUUAUUUUAGUAAAAGUAAAAAAGUGAGACAAAAAGUUCCACUUGAUCAAAAUAAUGUUGUUAAUCAUGUAUCUAAUACAGAAUCUACUAAUAUUAUCAGCAGAGCUGACAUGAUCAAGAAAAUCUCAUCAAUAGCUCAGAAAAGUGUACCACCUAUAUUUGAAUCAGAAGUUGAUGUAAGUAUAUCUUCUGUUUCUGUCAAUUCAAAAAUCAAAAUAAGUAUAAGAUCUACCUUUAAAACUGAAAAGAAAGCUUUACCCAAGAAAACUCUAUCUGAAAAGCAAAAUAAUUCAACAUAUACUCAUGAUUAUUUUCAUAACAAAUUAUUAGAGCAAUAUCCUGAUUUAUAUAAAGAAUAUAAUUUCGAAAAUGUUGAUUAUUAUGAGAUUAAUACUAAAUUAUUGUGUCUGAUAUGCAAGUUAAGUUAUAAGAAUGAAGAAGAUAUAGAAGCUGAAUAUAAAAAUUGA